ACAUUUUUAUGUGUACCUUUUUUGUGAAAACUGAUCUCAGAACCAGCUGACGUUAGAUGUUCUCAUCGACCAAUUAGCUGCAAAAAAACCUUAGUGCUAGUGCUAAGCAUUAAAAGUAAGAUAUCGUCCCACAAUAAAGUUGUUUUUCUUGUAUCUAAGUGUUGUGUAGCAAUUUUUUUGUAUCCUAAAUCAAAAAUAAAGUGUUUUGGUGCUAAUCAUGUCUAGCGAAAAGUUCGAUUUACAAAAAGUGCAUCGAAGCUUUCGACAAUGUUUGGUAGGAGAGAUCGACGUGUCUAUCGACGCUUAUCUCGAGGCCUUCAGAGAACUGUACAAGUUCUUCUCGCUGAUGGGCACCGUUUUUGGUUUCGUCAGUAGUGACGUGAAGGAGAAGGUCGAAAUAUUGCAAAAGUUGCGAACGCAAAAGGAAAAUCCGGAAAAAUUUGAAACCAUCCAGACCAUGAUGGAGUUCGAACGGGAUGCGAACCUGUUGGACAAAAAAGACUACGUUUCGGGCAGUCGAACGUUGCUGCGGUUACAUCGUGGACUAGACUUCAUCUACGUCUUCCUGAAGCGGCUAGGCGAGCUGACCGAAGGGGACGCCAAGACGAACACUAUCUGCCAGACAUCUUACAAUGAAACGCUAGCCCAGUUCCACCCGUGGCUCAUUCGGAAAGGGGCCGUCGUUGCCAUGUACGCACUGCCAACGAGGGAUCAACUGCUGGAGAAGGUAUGCGUGGAUGCGAGUGGAGCGAUUGCCCUACUGCCCGAGAUGCUAGCCGUCGGCCGGCAGGUGUACGAUCGAACCCAGGCUCUGUACACCAAGUUCGAUAUGCACGGACUGCCGUAAUGAUACUGGUUGAUACUCUGUGGCGUUUUACCAAGGGACGUGGGAUUAUUGGUGUUUUAGGUUCAAAUUGUAGAAACAUUUGUGAUAGUUCUAGUAUUUUUCUUUUCUCUGUUGUAAAUUGAUUUCCUGUAAAGUUUUUAAGCAAUUAGUGUGAAUUGUAUUUUAAUUUUUAUGUUCUUUUGAUUAAAGAAUUGCAUUGGAUGCUGCUCAAUCUAAAAUUGUGUCGCUCAGAAAAGUCUUUGCUACAAUUUUUCUACUUCAUAGACUAUCCAACUUACUGAACAUAUUUUAAUAAAAUUUUAUCCCAAAAAAAGUAAACAAAGAGACCAUAAUAUAAGUAUAGAAUUACUUAAAUUUCUAGUAUCACGGCGUAGUUUUAGAAGUUUGUUUUUUAACUUUUUUCAAAUUAUAAAAUGUUCGGUCCCUUCUUUUCACGAAUCACAAAUAGCUAAGUAAUGUUAGAAAAAGACAUUCACUUAAAAGACACUUAAGCAGGUAUUAGACGAAGCAAACAUUUGCUGUUUUUGGUACGAAUUUUAUUUGCACAAAAUAAAAUCCGUACCAAAAAUAGCAAAUAUUUGCUUCGUCUAAUACCUGCUUUAGAUUAUCAUUUUAUUGACAAUGUAAUUUCAAUGUAACAAAUAUUUUUUAUUGUGGAGCAAACGGCAAUCACACAAGGGUACUACAAAAGAAUACAUAUAAAAAAACACACUGUGUCUAUGUAAAAAAAAAACGCUUACGCUUGAAGUGAAUAAAAACGACAUUGACAAUAGUUCAAACUA